GUUCUUGCAUCGCCCACCAGGCGUCCGACAAAAGAUGUCCAGGAGCGCUCUGCAGCUGAUGUAGUUGUAUGGUCGGUCCCGAGUGGGCGUCAUUGGUUUACGCUAGUUUGUUGUGGAUCCAACUCGUCGCGACGACGAUAUCAUGACGGAACUCUGCCAGUGAGCAACGCCAGUAAGUGUGCAACCCCAAGUUUGUUUUCUCGGGGCACGGCGUGCCAACGUUUUCGCCAUUCUCGCCACCUUCGGUCCCGUCUUCACUUCCUGGCUUUUCCCCGAGUUUUCACCUGUGCUUUCCUCUCUGUAACGCAAGAGGUCAGCCCGGGCCGCUCGAGGGAUCUGUCGUUCCAUCUAUCUUUAACCCAUGUAAAUAUUUCACUGUUCACCAUGAUCAAGCAGUCUUCCUUUCUCAAGUGGGCCCAGAACAACAAGAACACCGUCAAGAGCAGUGGCCGAAAAUGGAUCCACCCAGCAGAUGCUUUACAGAAAGGUCAUGUAGCAUACCUGGUCAAGUUUUUGGGCUUCACAGAAGUGGACCAACCAAAAGGCAUUGAAGUAGUUCGGGAAGGCAUCCGGAAGCUUAAGUUCAACCAGCAGCUGAAACGAUCGGAAGGCACCAAAGUGCCCAAGGUGGAACUGACCAUAUCGGUAGACGGUGUGGCGGUACAGGAUCCCAAGUCCAAGAGGAUAUUUCAUCAGCAUCCCCUCCAUCGAAUUUCAUACUGUGCGGACGACAAGUCUGACAAGAAGUCCUUCAGCUUCAUUGCCAAGGAAUCUGACGGGGAGAGGCACUCCUGCUUCGUGUUUUCCAGUGAAAAGUUGGCUGAGGAGAUUACACUGACCAUUGGUCAAGCUUUUGACUUGGCGUAUCGCAAGUUUCUCGAAACAUCAGGCAGAGACAUGGAGAUGAGGAAGCAGUUCAUGAUGAUGCAGAAGCGGGUUCAAGACCUGGAAGAAGAAAACAUGCAGCUGCGCAAGCGCCUAAAGGACUUAGAUUACAUCGUGGGGGGACCUCAGACACACAACCACAGGACCAAGACCAAGAGUCCAGGUCCCAUUGUGGUGUCCAGUAACGGCAGCGGCACAGCCCCGUCUACGACCAAGCUCCCGGAGCCCCUGCCACCUCCAGUCCCGCCCCGUGGGGCAGAGCACGCGCUGCAUUCGCAGGAUUUGCUGGGCCUGACGCUGCCCACAGUGGGUACCAAAUUGGAGAACCUGGCAGUGGAUGAUCUAGAAGACUUCAAUCCCCGCGCUGAGCUGGAAGCACCACCAAAGUCCAACGGGUACUGCACCAACGGAAAUUCCGAGCUGCCCUACGCCAAGGACCUGUUUGGAGCGGAGCCGUUCUCGCCGAGCAAGGAGACGGCCGACCCGUUCGGCAUGGGCGAAUUUGCCUCGGACAGUCUGGGGGCCCAAGAGUUGGAGAACGCCAUUGGCAUCAUUGACCGGAAACUCAACGAAAUGCGGGAUGGCUUCAGUCGAGGCCUGUCCUUCGGCAAGGAUGACUUUUCCGUCGAGACGCUGGAUCCCCUGAGCAAGCAGACCUGAAGGGGGCCAGGACCCAGUGUCUCCCCGGACAACCGUCGACUCCGCUUCCCAAGCUUCCAACGAGUCCGACGUCACCCACGCACCUCCACGGUCACUGCAGCAAGCCCAGAGGCGAGAUCAGGAUAGCUGCCCAGCGUGCUGUGCCCCCGGCCUUUUCUUCUUUGUUGCUGCUGCCUCUUCGUGGCUUUUAGAUUGUUGCUGCAAUUGCUUGCGUGUUGUUUUCCUUCCAGUCCAGCUGGCUUGAGACCAGGAGAAAAAAGAAAUGGGGGGGAGCCCUAUGUUUUUGGUGUUUAUCGGGUGCAAUGCAAUGGCAAUGCCUGGGAUUUCUUCUUGUUUUGUUUUUCAAAGGUGUAGUUUUUGGAGGUGGCUCAUUGAUGAUAAGAGCAGCAUCCUCCUAGUGGCACUGUUGCUGGUGUAGAGGUUGGGCACUGGAGAAUUGCUAAUUUAGCAGCAAGCACGGCUGAGAAGUAAGAAUUCGUGUGACACAUUGUAAUAUAGCAGUGGAAGACAACUAAUGCGCCAGUUGCACUUUUGACCCUCAAUGGCAAAACUAACUGAUCCUCAGCCGUCGGAAGAUUGAGGAAUCGUCAUGCUGUAUGUUUGUAUGUUUUAGUUAUUGAUUGCUACCAUGGAUGCAGGUGAAACCAGGCAUUGUAGCUGUGAUGAACUCUUUCCCAAUUCUUUUUAUACAUAUAUACCCACUUCAAGUGUCUUAUGGAGCCUAAUAAUUUCUACCGAAUAGUGUAUAGCCCUUAACUAAUUGUACAACAACCUUGCCUGAAAGGUCACAGCAAUUUGUUCAUAAAAAGCAAUAAAGAAAAAAAAAAGUUAGUACUAGCUUAGGUCCUGACGUGCGUUAAGACGACCUGCGACCCGCUGGAACGCAGUACCAGCCAGAGUGCAACCGGUGAAAGCAUCUCAAUUGUGUUGAUGGGUUUUUCACGUGUGGAAAUAGUACUGCUUGACCGGCAACAGUAGUUGAACAUUAAUACACAGUGUACAGAAGUAAUGCAUAAUUGACUAUGCAAGAGCAGUAAUGAUCUUGGCUGUCAAUUUGCAGAGGCAUUAUUUUGUUGCCUGUUGAGUCACUCCUGGAAUACACUUGGUACUGCGAAGUGAAGAGGGUCACCAUGAGUGACCUUGUAACACAACUGCAAUGUUGAAAAUAAAGCAGCUUUUUUUUUU